UGAUUGCAACAAUGAAAUUCUUAGAAAAAAGGGGGAGGGGAAAGGUGGGGGGAUUAACGGUUUGCCAUGUCAAAAAAUUUAUGCGAUCAGUCCUCCUCCAUCGAACGAUCUGCACGACAAAAACGGUACUCCGCUCCUCCAUCGUUCGAACAACACGCAAUGUAUUCCGUCAAAGGAAGCAGCGCACCGUACAAUGGCGAAAAACAAAAGAAGGAAUGUAACGCUAUUUCGGUGGAGCGUCGCGCGGUGCGCUUACUGAGCAGACGUUACACUCUGACGGCUACGAGUUACAAAUUUCUGGAAAUUGGAAUCAACGUUGGUCCACCGAGCUACGUGGAGAUCGCUCUGGGAGAUCAUCGGGGACAGGAAUUGAUACUGUCUCUCGAAACGUGGAAGGGACUCUACGAGCAGCGAUGGAAUAUCUAUAAAUUGUUGCUAAACGAUUACAAAGACAAUUUUAUAAGCGUCGGACCGUUAACCGUCAGAAUUUGUCUGAUGAACAACGUUACACUCGUACGUCUUGAAUCUUUGAACGUACGCGUAACGAUGAUCGAAUCGACGUUACGUCGAAUGUUUGCUCUGAACGAAUGUAUCGAUGUGACGUUCGAUCGACUCGUUAGAUUCGUCGAUACGAUCGAUACCAAGUAUACGCGAUUCUCCAACAUCGCGUCUGUUGUAACAGAUCCCGAGGAGAUAUUGACAGACAAUGAAACGCAAUUACGCUCCGAAAAGCUGCAGCGGAAAGUUUGGGAAUCCGACAAAAAUUCACGUCGGCAUAUACAUUACAGUGCAAUCCUGGAGCGCACUAAUCGCACGGUGAAGACAAUGAUUACACAAUACAUCGAUAAAAAUUAUCGCCGAUGGGACAAGCAUAUAAGCGAAUUGGAAUUCGCCUAUAAUAUCGUCGUACACGAGAUAUACGUCGCCACGGGAUAUACGCUGGCCUAUUUGAAUCACGGCCGAGAACUCACUACGCCGACCGCCACUGGAUCCGACCGGACAAUCGCUGCUGCACAUCUCGAGAUGACGACCGAGAACCGCCACCUUCAAGAAGCAUAUAAGAUAGUGCAAAUAAAUCUAGCGAGGGCCUUCCAAUGA